AUGGACAACAUCAAUGCGCCGUCCUACGAUCCACUUCGAUGUGUUCCGGUUUUAGAGCUCUCUCGCCUUCCCAAGCCUUCCGGAGCUAUUGGGUCGUGGGUAGACUUUGCAUCUUCUUUACCAUCUGGAAAAAUGAACCUACUAGCAACGGACGGCCACCAUCUCUAUCUGGGACACUCUCGCGAGUCCAUUGCAGUCUAUGUUAUUUCUCGAUCGCGAGGCACUCAACUCAUACCCAUCAUAUCUGUGCCAGUGGAACCACCUGUGAGCAUAAACAAUCUACGAGUCGCAGACUUCCCUGAAGAGAAAGGUGGAUCCCUUUUGCUUAUGGCCGGAGGCAGAGCAGAUGGGCAGGAACAUGCGUCAAUCUCCGCUCUACGGAUUCCACGUCCAGUUCCUGAACUUCUGCGAGAUGAAUGCUCCUUGACGACGUCUUGGUCAUGGAAAAUGUCACGUGCUUGUACAGUGACGGUUCCGUUGUGCUCAGCUUGGGGACUGGAUGUUCACAACCCUACAGGCCGUUUUGCCCUCAGCGCCAACUCACGAAAGAUUUUAGUUUUGUCCUUUGACGGGGAUAAUUUGAGGGCGAUAUUGGCGGGAGAGGCAAGGAAUGAAUCCAGCUCGGAGCGGUUCCCGGAGGAGAUCUUGUCUUUUGAAGCGGAGCCAAUCACAAGUACAUACCAAAACAACAUUCCGACUGUUAAGUUUAGCCCCUGCGGGAAUUUGUUGGCUAGCGGCUCUAUCGAUUGUAGCUUUGCUCUACAUGAUGUCAAGUCCGGUACAUACGCAUCCGGAGAAACCCUUUACCAGAGCCACAUGGAAGAGUCUGAAGAAUCGUUUUGGAACGAGUUUGUAUGGUGUGUCCAUUGGUUUGAUGACAGUGCCAUGUGUGAGGUGCCAUCAACCGAUAAUGUGUGGCUUGAGAGCGAUAUGCAGGCAACCCGGCAAUGGAGGCAGGUGAAAAAUGGCUUGUCGUUUCAUCCAGCACCGAGAAGGAGUAUAUUCCUAAAUCGAGAGGAUAUUCGGAGUGUGACUUGUAGCAGGAAUGGUAUAGCUCGGUAUGAUGAUUGCGUAGAGCCGGACCCUAGUCUAGGUGCUGAUGCCGCGCGACAAUGGUAUGAGGACCAAUUUAGAGAGCAUCAUGUAUGUGAUGAAUACGACAAAAACGCGGCGGCUUCAGUGGCGUCUCAGAGCAUAAAUCAUUCGAUACCAUACGAGGACGAACGGGGCGAAUUCUUGGAGAGGCAGAGGAAAACAAGAAAGCAAGGGUUUACAGGCUGGCAGCACGGAGAAUUGACAGAUGAUGGCGACGAUAAAAAAGUGGAUGGCAAGCAAGAACGGUUUCUUCUGGUGGGCCGAGAAUUCAGUCUGUACCUAUAUCGAGUAAUCGGCGAUAGACCGGCAAAGAAUUCGAUGCCGUUUGUGGAGGAGGUACACCGUCUGCAAGUGUUUUCACGACCACGAGGCUAUCCCAAUUCAGCCGUCCUCGAUUGCCUCGAAAUGUUUCAGCUAUCAGCCUUUGUUCUAAUCGCACGCGGGCAUGGAGUAGUCCUAUUGCGAGUGCUACGCGGUAGUCAUGACUCAGGCUCAGAGGCGUUGAGAUUAUACACUGAAAGGACGUUUCCGCAACCCAGUCUGAAUGGGCCGUGGCGCAGAGAACAUGCAAGUGUGAUCGGGGCUUGUAUACUGCCAAGGGGGGAAGUUGAAAACGGAACAGAUUGUUAUGAAUUGUGGAUAUUGUGGAGAAAUGGAAUGAUUGAGGCGUGGGAACUAAGUCAGGAAAGGGUUCUGGAUCCAUCUGUAAUUGUAUAACUUACCAAAUCAUACUACUGUAAAUGCUGUUCACUACAGUA